AUGGUGACCACGAAGAUUAAUAAAGAUUUGGGUUAUAUUGCUAUUCUUGACCUGAUCUUGGAAAGCGGUUUUGAGAUCGAAGUGACAAACGAGCUUGUCAUGAGUGCCUUUAAUGCACGCCAUGGAUCAGUCCUGCAGACAUUCCUCGAGCACAAGGUCGAUAUCAAGCUGUCACAGGAGAUGGCCAAUACAGUACUCGAGCUGGAAUACUACGAUGCCUUGAAAGUAUUGGUCAAGUAUGAGAACCCGCGGGAACUGGACCUGCAAGAUGCAGUGCCGUUAUUGACAAGCUACUGCUUCCUUGAAGUUAAGGCGGGGCGUCAAGUUCAUCGCUUUCCCCAUCAAUACCAUAUCCUAUUUCCAAACACUGUAGGCUUCCCUGUCUUGGAUAUCUAG